AUGUCGGCUCUGAAGUUUCGCUUACCCCCAAAUGAUGGGCCGGUGCUGUCGGUGGUGGACAUGCACACGGGCGGGGAGCCCCUACGAAUCGUUCUGAGCGGGGCCCCGGUGCCGGAGGGGAGCACGGUCCUGGAGAAGAGGCGCUGGGUGCGGGAUCACAUGGACUGGGUCCGCCGCCUGCUGAUGCUGGAACCCCGGGGGCACCGGGACAUGUACGGGGCUCUGCUGGUGCCCAGCGAGGUGCCAGAGGCCCACAUAGGGGUGCUGUUCAUGCACAAUGCAGGGUACAGCACUAUGUGUGGGCAUGCCGUCAUCGCCCUGGGCCGCUUCGCUGUGGAUUAUGGGCUGGUGGAUCCGCAGGGGCGGGACACUCCGGUCAAUAUACACUGCCCCUGCGGAGUGGUGCGUGCCUACGUCUCCCAUAAUGAGGGGCGCAGUGGUCAUGUGCGCUUCCAUAGUGUCCCGGCCUUCGCCCUCUCUACAGAUGUCAUGGUUGAUGUUCCCGGCUAUGGGACAGUAGUCGUGGACAUCGCAUAUGGAGGAGCAUUCUAUGCCUUUGUAAGUGCAGAGAGGUUUGGCCUGGAUGUGUGCACCUCUAAGACGAGGGAUCUGGUAGAUGUUGCAGCUGCAGUGACUGAUGCUGUGAAGGCUCAGGUUAAAAUUAUCCAUCCAGAGAGUGAAGAUCUGUCUUUCUUAUAUGGCACAAUACUGACUGAUGGAAAGGAUGCUUACAGUGAGGAGCCCAGUGCCAAUAUCUGUAUAUUCGCAGAUUCCCAGGUUGAUCGCAGUCCUACUGGGUCUGGUGUGACCGCUCGGAUUGCCUUACAAUACCACAAAGGUCUGAUACAACUGGAACAAACAAGGACUUUUAAGAGUGGUGCCACCGACUCUUUAUUUACUGGGAAAGCUGUUAAGGAAACUGUGUGUGGUGAACAUAAAGCUGUGAUCGUGGAGGUUUCUGGCCAGGCUUACUACACUGGAACGGCAAGCUUUGUUCUCGAAAAUGAAGAUCAGCUGAAAGACGGGUUUCUCCUUAAAUAA